AUGUCUAGAGGGGUCCUCGCCCCUCUCAAGAGGUCUAGAGGGGUCCUCGCCCCUCUCAAGAGGUCCAGAGGGUCCUCGCCCCUCUCAAGAGGUCCAGAGGGUCCUCGCUCCUCUCAAGAGGUCCAGAGGGUCCUCGCUCCUCUCAAGAGGUCCAGAGGGUCCUCGCCCCUCUCAAGAGGUCCAGAGGGUCCUCGCCCCUCUCAAGAGGUCCAGAGGGUCCUCGCCCCUCUCAAGAGGUCCAGAGGGUCCUCGCCCCUCUCAAGAGGUCCAGAGGGUCCUCGCCCCUCUCAAGAGGUCCAGAGGGUCCUCGCCCCUCUCAAGAGGUCCAGAGGGUCCUCGCCCCUCUCAAGAGGUCCAGAGGGUCCUCGCCCCUCUCAAGAGGUCCAGAGGGUCCUCGCCCUCUCAAGAGGUCCAGAGGGUCCUCGCCCCUCUCAAGAGGUCCAGAGGGUCCUCCCCCCUCUCAAGAGGUCCAGAGGGUCCUCGCCCCUCUCAAGAGGUCCAGAGGGUCCUCGCCCCUCUCAAGAGGUCCAGAGGGUCCUCGCCCCUCUCAAGAGGUCCAGAGGGUCCUCGCCCCUCUCAAGAGGUCCAGAGGGUCCUCGCCCCCACAAGAGGUCCAGAGGGUCCUCGCCCCUCUCAAGAGGUCCAGAGGGUCCUCGCCCCUCUCAAGAGGUCCAGAGGUUCCUCGCCCCCACAAGAGGUCCAGAGGGUCCUCGCCCCUCUCAAGAGGUCCAGAGGGUCCUCGCCCCUCUCAAGACGUCCAGAGGGUCCUCGCCCCUCUCAAGAGGUCCAGAGGGUCCUCGCCCCUCUCAAGAGGUCCAGAGGGUCCUCGCCCCUCUCAAGAGGUCCAGAGGGUCCUCGCCCCCACAAGAGGGGCGGAGGUCGGAGCCCCCACAAGAGGGACGGAGGUCGGAGCCCCCACAAGAGGGGCGGAGGUCGGAGCCCCCACAAGAGGGGCGGAGGUCCGAGCCCCUCAGCGUGCCAGGAUAA